ACUAGACAUAUUUGUAAAUCAACUUGAUAUAUAAAUAUAUGUAUAUAAUUAAAUCUAUUCUAACCAAUCAGAAUGCAAAUAAUAAUAAUUUUAAUGUGGUCGAAUCACUUUUAAGAAUUUUAUUAUUUAUAUAUUUAAUUCAUUAUUAAUAAUAAUGAAAAAUUAAAAUAUUCGACAAUACAAAAUUCAUACAAAAAAAAAACACGAUUUUUUUUUCUUGUCGUAACAACAUUAAAAAAAAAUAAAGUUAAGCAACAACUAAAAGAAAAAAAAUAAAACAAAAAAAAAAAUAAAAAUAAGAAAAAAAUUUUAAUGAAAUAAAAUUUUUAAAAAAAAUCAUGUUCAAUUCAAAAGGAUGUUUAAUUCAUCUUACAAAAGAAGAAAUUAUGGUUUAUACAUUUCGUGCAUAUGUAUCACCAAUAUUAGUAAUUAUUGGUAUACCAUCAAAUUUUUUAGUUAUACUUGUAUUUAUUAUUAUUGAAUAUCAAACAAAUUGUCGUUUUAAUUUAUAUGCAAUAUGGAUGGCUAUUGCACAUAAUAUACAAUUAAUUGUAAAUACAUUAAUUGAUGAUUUUUUAGGUCGUGGAUUAAAAUAUGCAACACAAUGUAAAUAUUCAAUACAAGUUGAUAUAGAAUCAUCAUUUCUAUGUAAAAUAUUUACUUAUUUAACUGAUGCAUCAGCAUUAAUUGCUGCAUUUAUAUUAAUGUUAUUUAGUGUUGAUCGUGUUUGUUCAAUUUAUAAACCAAAACAUUUUGAACAAAAUUCACAUGUUAAAUUAGCUCAUAUUAUUAUUAGUUUUGUUAUAAUUAUUUGUUUAAUAUUAAAUAUACCACAUUUAAUAUUUGCUGAUUUAAAAAUUCAUCCAAUAAAUCAUUCCCAUGAAUGUCAAUAUAUUAAUCCUGUUGCUGGUGGUGUAAAAUAUGUUCUUUAUUUAUAUAUAAUUGGUGUAGCUAUACUUCCAGCUAUAUUUAUUUUUAUUACAAAUAUUUUAAUAUUAUAUAAAUUAAGUACAAUAGUAUAUCGAUCAAAAUUAAUUGGUACUAAAAAUGAUGAAUCAAAUAAUGAAAGGGGUAAAGUAAUAGCACAUUUAGCUAUUAGUAUACUAUUUACAAGUUUAUCUAUUCCAUUAGUAGUAAUUAUUAUAUUAAGACAACAAGUAUAUUUUUAUAAAUAUGAUAUAUUAUAUCCAGAAUACACUAAAAAAAUUGUACAAUAUUCAAAAUUAUUUAGUUCCAUUGAUUCAUUUAAUCAUGCAUUUGAUUUUUUCUUAUAUUUAGCAUUUAUGCCAACAUUUCGACAAACAUUAAUGGAUAUAUUUAAAUGUAGAAUAUUUUUACGAAAUAAUCAUUUAAAAAAACAAUAUAAACAAGAUAAUCAUAUUGAUGAACUAUGUGAACAACAAUGUAUACAUCAUUUAGAACAAGAAAUAAAUAAUCCAUUUACUGAUCAAGAGACAAUAUCACUUUAUUCAAAUAAAUUAAUUUGUAUAGAAGAUUUUUAUUUAAAUUCAAAUAAUUUAAAUUAUAGUACAGAUCCUAUACCAUUUAUUGAUCAAUAUGUGAAUUAUUCACCGGAACAUUAUACCAUUAAAAAAAUUAUGACAUAAUGUUAUUUUAGUAUAUAUAUAUAUUUUUUUUUGUUUUUGUAUUGUAAUUCAAUGUUUAACCAACUUUUUAUUUAUUAUUUAUGAUAACAUUAUCAUUACAAUUUAAUUGUCAAGCAUUCUCAUUGAAGAAGAAGAAGAAAAAACAGGUGAUCCAUACAUGUAAAAUUAUAUUGGAUUCAAUAAACAUUCCUUGAUUUUUUUAAUCUAAGAAACAUUGAAUAGAUAUGAUUAAUUGUGUAUUAUAUCAAAUGGGCAUAUAUAAAUGUUUCCUGUCAAAACAAAAAAAAACCAACAAAAAAAAAGAAAAAGAAAUAUGACUUAGUUUCAUUAGUCAUAUAAAUUACACUAUUCUAACGAUGAUAAACCAAUAAACUGUAUAAUGAAAUUGUAAGAAAAACAAUACAUAUAUAUAUCCUAUUUUUUACAUUCCUUUUUAUAGACAACAAUAGAAUAUGAAAGAAAAUCAUUUAUUGAAUUAAAUUAUAUAGAAUUAAUUUAUUAAAUAUCAUUCAUUUGCUUUUGUGAUAAAUGUUGCUAAUUUUAACAAAAUAUAGUUAUAUAUAUAUGUAUACUUGAACAUUGAACAAUAUUUUAAUAGAUGCUUGACAACAAACAUGAAAAGUAAUCAGUUCUAUUUAAAUUAAAUGUUUUAUCAAAAUGUUUCCUCUUUUUUUUUCUUAAUGGUAGGUAGGUAAUGUUAUUAAACUAUAAUAAAGAAAAAGAAAAGAAAAAACAAAGAAAAGUGUAAUACUUUAGUAGUUAUCAUAAAAUAUUUAUGUAUUAGAUUUAAAAACAAAAUUAUCAUAUAAGUAUAUAGAAAAUAAAUUAGUAUUAUAAUAAAUAUAAUUUUUUUUCUUUAUUUGAAAUGUAUCAAUGAUUGAUAAUUAAAUAAGUUUUGAUGAAAAACUAUUUUUUUUUGUGUUUUUUUUCGGUGUACUUUUAAUUGUUUUUUUUUUUAAAAUUAUUUAUUUAUUAAAAAUGCUUGAAUUAUUGAUUAGUGAAUAGUGAUUUAUCGUAAAAUAUCGAUUUUUAUAAAAUUACUAAUUAAAUAUGUUAUAAUAUUAUUAUAAAAAUAAUUGUAAGUAGAAAAAAGUAUUUUAAGUAGUAUGUUUAGCAUGAUGUUUAAAAAAGAUUAUGCGAAUUAAGUGAGAUUUUCAUUUAGGGAUUAAAUUAUAAUACUGUUGUUUAUAUGUUUAAAUUAUGUGAAUUGUCAAGUUUAC